UUCAUCUUUUUCAUCUCCAUCAUCAUCUUCAUCAUCUGCAGAAGCAUCAGCAUCAUCACAAUCAUCACUAUCGUCAUCAUCAUCAUCAUCAUCAUCAACAACAACAUCAUCAAGAACAACAACAGUAGUUCUAUCAUCAAUUAUCGCCAUUUAGAAUCAGCAAAAAAAGAAAACAACAGAAAUAAUAAUAGCAACGAGAACACAGAUUCACAUAACACAGUUAGCAGAAUCAUUGCUAAACAACUGAUAAAAGUAUGCUAAAA